AUGUCGUGCACGUCGAUCGACCUACCGUUCGGCAACGGUGAGAAAUGUUUGAGCGUCGAGGAUGUGGACGGCCCCCCGGCGGGCGGUGUGGACGUGCGGCGCUCGGCGAGCAUGCGCGCGAGCGCGCGGCGCGCGGCGGAGCGCGAGCGCGAGCAGCUCGCGGAGUGGUUCUCGCUGUCGCAGUCGCACGGUCUGUACCUGCCCGCGCUCGCCGAGGGCCCGGCUCGAGUACCCGAUAAGCGAGCCUUCAACGCCCUCCGUGUACAAUGUAGCAAUGCGCUCGCGGCGGCGCCGGGGCCCGCGCGGCGCGCGGAGGGCCCGGCGCCGCGGCGACCCGACACCGUCCCGAGGGGUGUCGCCGGGGCCCGCGCGGCGCGCGGAGGGCCCGGCGCCGCGGCGACCCGACACCGUCCCGAGGGGUGUCGCCGGGGCCCGCGCGGCGCGCGGAGGGCCCGGCGCCGCGGCGACCCGACACCGUCCCGAGGGGUGUCGCCGGGGCCCGCGCGGCGCGCGGCGGGCCCGGCGCCGCGGCGACCCGACACCGUCCCGAGGGGUGUCGCCGGGGCCCGCGCGGCGCGCGGAGGGCCCGGCGCCGCGGCGACCCGACACCGUCCCGCGGGGUGUCGCCGGGGCCCGCGCGGCGCGCGGAGGGCCCGGCGCCGCGGCGACCCGACACCGUCCCGAGGGGUGUCGCCGGGGCCCGCGCGGCGCGCGGAGGGCCCGGCGCCGCGGCGACCCGCCCCCGUCCCGAGGGGUGUCGCCGGGGCCCGCGCGGCGCGCGGAGGGCCCGGCGCCGCGGCGCCCCGACACCGUCCCGAGGGGUGUCGCCGGGGCCCGCGCGGCGCGCGGAGGGCCCGGCGCCGCGGCGACCCGACACCGUCCCGAGGGGUGUCGCCGGGGCCCGCGCGGCGCGCGGAGGGCCCGGCGCCGCGGCGACCCGACACCGUCCCGAGGGGUGUCGCCGGGGCCCGCGCGGCGCGCGGAGGGCCCGGCGCCGCGGCGACCCGACCCCGUCCCGAGGGGUGUCGCCGGGGCCCGCGCGGCGCGCGGAGGGCCCGGCGCCGCGGCGACCCGACACCGUCCCGAGGGGUGUCGCCGGGGCCCGCGCGGCGCGCGGAGGGCCCGGCGCCGCGGCGACCCGACACCGUCCCGAGGGGUGUCGCCGGGGCCCGCGCGGCGCGCGGAGGGCCCGGCGCCGCGGCGACCCGACACCGUCCCGAGGGGUGUCGCCGGGGCCCGCGCGGCGCGCGGUGGGCCCGGCGCCGCGGCGACCCGACACCGUCCCGAGGGGUGUCGCCGGGGCCCGCGCGGCGCGCGGAGGGGCCCGGCGCCGCGGCGACCCCGACACCGUCCCGAGGGGUGUCGCCGGGGCCCGCGCGGCGCGCGGAGGGCCCGGCGCCGCGGCGACCCGACACCGUCCCGAGGGGUGGCGCCGGGGCCCGCGCGGCGCGCGGCGGGCCCGGCGCCGCGGCGACCCGACACCGUCCCGAGGGGUGUCGCCGGGGCCCGCGCGGCGCGCGGAGGGCCCGGCGCCGCGGCGACCCGACACCGUCCCGAGGGGUGUCGCCGGGGCCCGCGCGGCGCGCGGAGGGCCCGGCGCCGCGGCGCCCCGACCCCGUCCCGAGGGGUGUCGCCGGGGCCCGCGCGGCGCGCGGCGGGCCCGGCGCCGCGGCGACCCGACACCGUCCCGCGGGGUGUCGCCGGGGCCCGCGCGGCGCGCGGAGGGCCCGGCGCCGCGGCGACCCGACACCGUCCCGAGGGGUGUCGCCGGGGCCCGCGCGGCGCGCGGAGGGCCCGGCGCCGCGGCGACCCGACACCGUCCCGAGGGGUGUCGCCGGGGCCCGCGCGGCGCGCGGAGGGCCCGGCGCCGCGGCGACCCGACACCGUCCCGAGGGGUGUCGCCGGGGCCCGCGCGGCGCGCGGAGGGCCCGGCGCCGCGGCGACCCGACACCGUCCCGAGGGACGUCGCCGGGGCCCGCGCGGCGCGCACGGGGGCGCGGGCCCCGGCGCCGCCGCGUCCUCGCGCGCCGCAGGGCAGAUACUUAA